CACGCAUGGUUGAUCACUCGGCGGCCUGGAGAUCUGGGAGUGAAACAUCUACUCCGUGUGUAGCAGCCGAGUGGAUUUACGUUUGUGUUCGCUGUGUUCCCAUAACUGGAACUGGAACUGGAACUGAAACUUAGUUAGGCCCUAAUGCGUGUGUUUGCUGUUCGCGGUCGAGAUGAAUGCCUGCCGACCGUUCUUUCAUUUUAAUGCUACGAAGUAAAGAAACGACAAGAUAUAAUGCUGGAAGUCAGCUAGCCAAGCUAACGGCUAGGCUUGUUGGCAGCAACUGAUUUUAUAGCUUUUAUCUGAGUGUUUGACUCCGAUUUUAUUUUACGAGGGUUUACGGAGAUCGUACAAGUGAGAAGGUUUUUUACAGACUUAUAACCUACCUGACAUCUAAAAUGGAAACAUUUGAAAGUGAGCGAGACCCCCUCCCCAGGAACAUGAUUGAAAACAGCAUGUUUGAGGAGGAGCCAGAUGUGAUGGAUCUGGCAAAGGAGUCGCCCUCCUGUCCCAUCGACUCAGACGACGUGGUGUACGAGCCACGCAGUUCCAGACUGUUGGUGCGAGGACUCGGUGAGAAUGACCAGGAUGAUGAAGAGGAAGACUAUGAGUCCUCUGCCCGCCUCCUGGGCAUGUCCUUUAUGAACCGCAGCUCCAACCAGCGUGGUGCUACCUCAUCCUUCGUCCGCCAGCAGCCCUCUGGCUUAUGCUCCAUGCCUUCCGCGAAGACCACUGUGCUGGGGGUCUUGGUACUGGUCGUGGUCGCCUCAGUCGUAAUGGUCAUCUACUUCCUCCCCAGCUGCACAUUCUCCAAAGAAGGCUGUCAAAAGAGUAACUCCAGCACUAUCUAUCCCGUCACGAGUGAAGGAGAGCUCUUCCCAUGGUCGGAGCUGAGGCUCCCCACCAGUGUGCGUCCUGUUCAGUAUGAAAUCUCGCUGCAUCUGAACCUGACCACCCUGACCUUCCAAGGGAGUGUGACUAUCAGGGUGGUGGUCUUGAAUGAAACCAAGGUGAUCGUUUUGCAUAGCUCUGGCAUGAAGAUACUGAAGUGUACUUUCCAGGACAAAGAGGUGAAGGUCUUGGAGUACAAGCCCUGGCAACAGAUCGCCAUCAACAUCUCGGAAAACCUCAAAAAGGGACAAACAUAUGUGUUGAAUAUUAACUACAUGGCAAAUCUUUCCAGCAGCUAUGAUGGCUUCUAUAACAGCUCUUAUAUUGACACAACCUGGGAAAAGAGAGUUUUGGCUGCUACUCAGUUUGAGCCUCUGGCAGCCCGCAAGGCUUUCCCAUGUUUUGAUGAACCUGCCUUUAAAGCCACUUUUCUCAUUAAGAUAAAGAGAGAGCGUGAAUACAUCAGCCUUUCGAACAUGCCCAAGGCCAAAACAACGGAGUUACCUGAUGGGCUUUUUGAGGAUGAAUUUGAGAGCAGCGUGAAUAUGAGCACUUAUCUUGUUGCCUUUAUUGUUGCGAACUUCAGCAGUGUCAGCAUGAAUGCCUCCAACACUGUGGUCUCUGUAUAUGCAGUUCCAGAUAAGAAGGACCAGGUUCAUUAUGCAUUGCAAACAGCUCCCCAGUUACUACAGUUCUACAACAGUUUCUUUGACAUCAACUAUCCACUGCGCAAAUUGGACUUAGUAGGCAUUCCGGAUUUUCUGGCUGGAGCUAUGGAGAACUGGGGACUCAUUACAUUCCGGGAGACUACUCUGCUUGUGGGCAAUCAUUCUUCGGAUAUAGAUAAACAACUAGUGACCUCUGUCAUUGCACAUGAACUAGCACACCAGUGGUUCGGAAACCUAGUCACCAUGCGUUGGUGGAAUGAUCUUUGGCUAAAUGAAGGAUUUGCAACUUACAUGCAGUACAUGUCUAUUCAGAAAGUCUUUCCUCAUCUUGAAAUUGACAAUGAAUUCCUAAGAGUACGCUUCAGAGCCCUGGAGAAAGACGCUCUGAAUUCAUCGCACCCCGUGUCUUCUGUAGUGAACACUCCGGAGCAGGUGGAGGAGAUGUUCGAUGCGGUGUCCUACGAGAAGGGGGCGUCCAUUUUGCUCAUGCUCAAUGCAACAUUUACUGAGCAGGUGUUCAGGGAGGGCAUAAAGGAGUAUUUGAAAAAGUACAGAGGAGGCAACACGGACAGUAAUGACCUUUGGAGCAGUCUUUCUCAGGUGAUAAAACAGUCUGUUGAUGUAGGCCAAAUGAUGAACACUUGGACUAAGCAGAAAGGUUUUCCACUGGUCACAGUGAGCAGAGCAGGCACCCAAGUGAAACUGAUGCAAGAACAUUUCCUUUUAAAUGCCAACAAUGUUACAGCUAGCAGUAACCUGUGGCACAUCCCUCUGACUUACGUCAAUGACACUUGUAGCAACUCCAUCUCCUGUAGGCAGGUGUUUCAUUUCAAGGACAAAACAGCCAAAUUUGAGGUUCCCACCAGCGUGAAGUGGCUGAAAUUUAAUUACAGGAAUGAAGGCUUCUAUGUAGUGGACUAUGGAGACAAAGGCUGGGAGGCACUGAUGGACGCCUUAAAGGAAAAUGUGAAUGUUCUUUCCCGUGAGGAUCGUGCGUCUCUCAUCAACAACCUCUUUGCCCUGUCACGGUUGGGCAAGGUAUCCAUCAUACAGGUGUUAAAUCUGUUAACAUACUUAAAAAAUGAGACAGAAACAGCCCCACUAACUGAAGCCCUAAGACAGCUCAACCACAUCUAUAGGCUGCUUGGCAAAAGAUCUGAUUUGUUCUUGGUUUCUAGGAUGAGGACACACAUAUUUGAUCAUUUUGGGGAUCUGAUGGACAGCCAGUCAUGGGGAAAGGAGAUGUCGGUAUCUAAGCAGGAACUGAGGUCCGCCCUGCUUGAGACAGCCUGCACCCUGAACAGGCUCAACUGCACACAGCAGGCAAAGGCUCUCUUCAACCAGUGGAUGGCCUCAAAUAGAACUAUGAGAAUUCCAGGUGAACUCUUGAAGGUGGUUCUGUCUGUGGCAGCCCAGACUGAACAAGAUUGGAACACAUUAUUUAAUACGUAUAAGUUCUCCAUCCUUGACUCUGAGAAACGCAAAACACUGCAGGCCUUGGCCAGCACUCAGAAUAUACGAACAAUCAUGUGGAUCCUACAAGCAGGCCUUGAUGGAAACGAUAUUCAAACUCCUGAACUUCCACUUGUGAUUAGCACAGUGUGUAGACAUUUUGCGGGCCAUCUCUAUGCAUGGGAUUUUGUGAAGGAAAACUGGGAUAAACUUACACAAAAGUUCCCCGUUGGUAGUUUUGCCUUGCAAAGCAUCAUUGCGUCCACAACCAGUCAGUUCUCUAGAAAGCUGCAGCUUGAGGAGGUUCAGAGUUUCUUUGGCUCCCUGAAGGAGAGAGGAUCUCAAAUGAGGAGUGUCCAAGAGGCCAUCGAGAACAUUGAGCUGAACAUUCGCUGGAUGGAGAGCAACCUGGCCACACUCAGGAAGUGGCUGUAGCCUCAGGGGGCAUGGCCUUUCUGUGGCAUACAUGCUCCCUGCUCAGGUGAAGUGGCCAAGCACCUGUGACGAUACCGUAACACACAGCCUGAACCACACUGUGCAGAGAUGGGUCCCAGUCAGGAAAAAGAGCUAUGCUUUGUUUUCACUGCUGCUGUUUAUUACGUACUAGUUAUGUGCUAUCUAAAUUUUCCCAUCAAAACAGAAAUUUCCAAAAUAGGUCAUUAUCUCAUGAAGUAACAGGCAGCAGAACAGACUGUGUAGAUGUGAACACUGUUUUUUGUUUUGUUAGUUUGGUCUUAUUUGUGAGCUUUUUGUUACUUGUGUGAAAAUCCAGAUGGCACACAUGCCUGUGUUUUGCCUCUAAGUGGAGAACAGCGCCUUCUUUGGUGCAGCUUCAUGUCUGCCUGUGUCUGCACACGUGUGAUUCUGGCCUACGAACCUGUUUGCACUAUUAGGAAUUUUCAGCUUGCUCAGGGCUUCUCUGGUUGGUUUGUGAAUGAUGACCAUUUUGCUUCCUACUGUUGUCCAUGUCUACUGACACUCAGCAGUUUCUUUUAAUAUGCCUUUUGCAUGUGUUGCCAAAAAAAAGGUAAGGAAAGGGGAUUGUGAAUUCUGGAGUCCUGUAAUGGUGAAAUAAUGGUAGUAGAACUUCUUGUUGUAUCAGGUUAUGUACCAGUGGGGCUAGGAUAAUGCAUCUGUCUGGAUAUGUGCAGACAAUCAAAUUUAAGGCAAUUUGCAAAGCCUCUCAUACACAAGUUGGUGUGUUCUCCUUAUGUACAGUGUGAGAAGUGCGUAAUCACCUGGAAUGUGCAACGCUUAUAGCCAGUACCAUCUAUAUAUUCUUGCCUUAGCAGUUUUCCUCUUCCUUUACUUUGCGUUUAUUUGAAUGUUGUUGUCUGGGUUUGUAUAUAUUUUGUUUUAUAAUUAGGUGUGGGCUUGCACUUUUAUUUACUAUAACAGAGUUUAACUUAAGCUUAGAAUUUAAGUGUUGGUUUUACCUUUUAUUUUGAUAAGCACAUUGCAAAGCCAAAAGUAUCUUAUCAUAAUUUAAAAAUGGAUCAGGGAAAAUAUUGAAGACUAGGCUAUAAACAGUGGACUCUGGAGUUAUUAGCACCCUUUGGUAAAUAUAAGGAAAAAGUCCUUCUUUGACAUAUUGUCAUUUUUUUUUUAUUGUAAACAAGUAACUAACAGUUUAAACAUAUGUGCUAAAAUUGUUAGCCCUCAUUAUACCCAAAUAACAUUAAAAACCAGUUAAAGAUCAUGAUGAAAAAUGAAUAAUAAUUUAGAUUACACUUCCUUUCCAAAAGGUAGUUUACCAGAUGAAGGCCCCUGUUCUUCAAAAAUAAACUAAAGUGCCUGGACGCUUUUGAUAUAUUGACUGGGAAUGAACGCUGUGGUUAACUGAGCGUAUUUUGGCCACAGUCAUUAAUGGUAUGUUUGAGGCAGGUAAGAGAUACAUGUGCCCAAAUGGGCAUUGUACUCAUACCUUCUACUCAUUGUAGUGGAGCAGGCUUUUUUUAUGCUUUUUUUAUGCUUUUCUGUGGAGAGAUGCAUUCUCAGUCAUGCCAGGAUGUCAGGUCAUAACCUGUUUGCCUCUGCUAAGAAGUUCCAUCUCGGCUAAAGAUGGUCCAUGACCCAGAUUAAUCUUCAAAAUUGAUAGAUGUUUUACAAAAAAGCAAACCUGUGCUUUUCCUUGAGCAUGUCAGUCACUUGACUAGAACCCUAUUGAUAAUACAAUCCCAUAAGCACAUAUACACAAACCUUAAGGAUCUGGUAAGAUCUUGCAUGGAGUUGGAAGUCCAAAUGUUUGCAUAAUGGUCACCUAACCUGUUAAAUAUUACAGGAAAAUAGUUGCUUUCUUCAUAUUUGUCAAGGGGUGCUAGUUAUAUUGAUCUUAAUUUACACUCCAUGCUUCAUGACAACUGAAUUUAAUUGUAAUAAUGUAAUAUGACAGUUACUGUUGAUGAGAUUGUACAGGUUACAGGGUUUGGUAUAUUUACACCUGUGCAGCAUCAUGGAGGUAAGUCUAGAACUGUGUGAUUUUUUUUUUUUUUUUUUUUUCUAGCCACAGGGUAUUGUAUUUGGCCCUCUGCCGAAGAUAUAGUCCCUUGGGGGAGGGAGUGAAAAACAUAUUCACACCUGAGACUGUGCUUAAUCUAAACUAUUGCCAUACUAUAGGCAGUUAUGGUUCCUACUGAAUGUAUUAACAGUUCUGAAUUUGCAUUGGAGUACACCAGGCUUUUUGAUUGUAACUGUUGCAUCUGCUAUAUUCCUAAAUGAGGGGACGUCAGUACCUUUUUGUGGUAGUCAUAACUGAAAGCGGUCAACAUUGAAAACUGCGCUAUACAGUUCCGUGUGCCAGCCAAUAUAAUUUGUUCUUAUGAUUGCAAGGAAGUUUCCACUGUUUGUGGUUGUAUUGUAUCAUGUUCACAUUUCAAAAGAAGAAUGCCAGACACAGGACAUGAGGUCAGCUCUGGAUCUCUGUGUUUGCACCCACUGCGGGUUUUCACACACCACAUGCCAGCUUUAAUUCUUAAUGCUCACUUAGGAACUAAUGAUGACGUUGAGGUUUUGGUACCGUUUACCUGAUGUGGAUAUGACAGAGUACUUGUGCUGAAUCCUUAAAUUGUAUACAGUGAAGCGGAAUUCCAAUAAAGGUUCAUGUACAAUACUUUUUAUUCUAUCUCUAUUCACAUAUCUCUAUAACAUUGUUUCAGCCUUUAUGGAACAUAGAUGUAAAUUUGCGCUAAUCAGGAAUGUGUUGUAUCCUUCUGCUUGUUGUGAAGUCAGUCUGUUUCUGGGGGAGUCAUUUGUUUCUCUGUGAAAAUGUCAGGCUAAAUUCACUCUGGAGCUCCAGUUUCAGAUAUAACCCCUUCACCACUUUGAGUUCUCAGUAUGCAGCCAUCAAGUGAAUGAAUGUGUACUGAUUAACCAGCCAGGUUUUUCUUUUUACUUACUAUUAAUUGAAAUAUAAAUGUUUUCACUGUUUUUUUUUCCUAAUGAAACUACUAUUGACCACAAGAUUGGAUUUGUCCAGUGAGCAAAGUGUUGGCUGUCAUGGUUUCAUAAUUUUUUUUAAAGAUGCCAUUAGCUUCAAAUGCUUAAUAUGCCUCUUUGCAAAUGUUUUAAACAGAUUGUAAAGAACUAAUCCCUUCUCUCUCUCUCUCUCUCUCUCUCUCUCUCUCGCUCAUAUACCACAAACCUUUCCUUAUUCUCUCCCUCAUUCCCUUUUAUUUUGCGCAAAAGCUUUACAUUGGAUUUGGGCCAUAAUAUAUAUUGAAAAGAACAAAUAAAUAGUUUUCUUUA